AUGGCUAUCACCAAGAUUUAUAUAGUGUACUAUUCGUUGCACGGCCAUGUCGAGACAAUGGCGCGUGAGAUUCUCAAAGGAGCAAACGGCGUUCCAGACGUGGAAGCAACACUCUGGCAAGUGCCGGAGACAUUACCUGAGAAGAUACUGGAGAAAGUGAAGGCUGCUCCGAGACCGGACGAUGUGCCGGAGAUUAGACCGGAUCAACUGGCUGAAGCAGACGGAUUCAUGUUCGGGUUUCCUUCUAGGUUCGGAGUGAUGGCAUCACAGGUCAUGACCUUCUUUGACAAUACAAGUGAUCUAUGGACUACACAGGAACUUGCCGGGAAACCUGCCGGGAUAUUCUGGAGUACCGGUUUUCACGGUGGAGGCCAAGAACUCACUGCAUUGACAGCAGUGACAAACCUGGCUCAUCACGGGAUGAUAUUUGUACCGUUGGGGUACACAUUUGGUAAAAGCAUGUUUGAGAUGGGAGAGGUGAAAGGUGGUUCGCCGUAUGGCUCAGGGACGUAUGCAGCUGAUGGGUCACGCGAACCAACUGAGCUGGAGUAUCAGCAGGCGAAUUACCAUGGCAAGUACUUUGCAGGGAUAGCCAAGAAACUCAAGAAACGGUCUCCUGUCUAA